ACACUUCAGGACAUAGCCUCGUGGCAUCUGGCGUGGAUAUUCCUUCAGCGAGGCAUGGGACAGACAUCAGCCUCUUGGAUAUACUGGAGGCUCCAUCAUGAGGUUAUGAGGACCAUCUCCGCCCUCGCAUCACUCUGAGGCGCAACCACCAGAACUCUAUCCGUGCUUUGAAUCAUGACAAUUGGGUCGCGACAGCGCUCUUCGUCCAAUCGAUCAAACACUUCUGACAGAGCGGACCGACGUGGUCCUCCGACUCCUCUUUCUGCGAUCCGUACUCAGCUUGCAGUACCAACAGACCUGGUCCUCAACGACGUUCCGGGCCUGACCAACUCGUCAUCCUCCCUACUCAUACCGCCCAGCGCUGGGUCGCCUUAUCCUUCAUACUCGAACGCCCCCCCAAAAGGCUCCACGAGCCCUCGACCGCGCGCAUAUACCUACGCAGACUCGAACUAUCUCCAGCGCCAACAAAAUUAUCGCCCAGAGUCUUUAUCAAUGAUGCAUCCACAUAAUAUUCCCCCUCCUCCCCCUCAGCAAAUCUCCACGCCAACCGCGUAUGGAAUGCCCUUACCUCCACCUCCUCCGAGGCCCCAAGUACAGCAUGGCAUGCCCAUACCUCCUCCACCUCCCCAAACACAGAACUACGGCUGGGGCGCUCCUCGACAACAGUAUCCAACUCCGACAAACACUGGUCAUGUAGCAUAUAAUCCAAAUGCGUAUCAGUCCUACCAGCAAUUACCUCCUCCGCCGGACCAGCCGCUGACGUCCGCGACGUAUAUUCCCUUUGGCGAGUCGUUUGGGCCCGGAGUAGGAAUUCCCCCUUUACACACUCCAUCCAGGUAUCAGGACCCUGCGUACUACAACCCCAACGAUCCGGCCACAUAUUCUGCAACUACAGAACACUCAAGUACGGGGUUUCCUACACCCGCCGAGACUACUCAAUAUGGACAGAAUCAAGGAUAUGGCCCUCCACCGACACCGAGUACGCGCACACAUCUGAAUAUCCCUACUCGAGAAGCUCAGGAGUACCAAGUUCCUGGACCUCCCACUGCUACUCUGCAGAACCCGCAACCCCAUGGCAGUAUUUACGAACACGCGCAGUCAGCCGGGCCCACACCAAUAUCUCCCCGUGAUGCAAGCAUACAAUGGCCUCCGGACCGCGUCCAAAUAUGGCUUUCGAGUAACGGAUUUUCCAAGGAUUGGCAGGAUACCUUCAAGACUCUCAACAUGUAUGGCGCAAACUUCCUCGAGAUUGGGAGAGGUCAUGGUAGCAAGGGAAAUGUUGCUGUGAUGCAUAAGGUCAUAUUUCCGGAGUUGGCAAAACAAUGCACUGCUAGUGGUACUGGAUGGGAUCAAAGUCGGGAACGAGACGAAGGAAGAAGGCUUCGGCGAUUGGUUCGGGCUAUUGUGGAAACUGGGAGCUCAGCUAAUGCUCGAUUACCUACCCGACGUGGUUCUAUGACCCUCGCAAGUGCGGGAACUGAAGGAACUCUGGAGAAUUCGCCAUAUCUUGGCGGUCGUAUGGAUUUUGGAUCCACCCCUACGACUGCUGGCGGAGGCGAAGACAGCCCUGGUAAACAAAUGCCACUGUCUUAUGGUAUGAACUCUCCUGCAGUUGCUCCAAGGCGGAUAUCCACUCAACGAAAUUUCACCGUUCCGGUUCCUACUCUCGGACAACCUCCCGACUAUAGCGAAGUACAUAAUCGAAGUGCGUAUUCCAAGGACGUGCUACGCAAUUUGGAUGGAAAUAAUUCCCGAAAGCAUAGCCCCAAUACUUCUGGAGAAUUUGGAAAUUACCGAGAAGCUAUGAGGGGCCCUAGCCCACAACAAAGUCCUGGACUUCCUUCCGCUCGUCUGGCCAGUAAUCCAAAUGGCUUGGCUACGUCACUGAGCACAAAUGCUCCUCGGUAUUACAGUCACCAUAGAGCCAAUAGCUCUGAGUCAAAUCUCUCAAACAUUGCAACAGCCGGCUCAACCAUCGGUUCAGGUCCACCUUCUGGAAGAUCAAUCGACACCCGUAUGGAGACAAGAAUGGAGAGUCGAACCGAGAGCAGAAACGAGGCUCGUAGAAACGGAGUCGAUGCACCUCGGCCGGAUUCAGGAAGGCACCACAGCGGAGAAGUACCUUCGAGCGCUAAGGAGCACAAGACCUUCUUACCAAAGUUUAUGCGGAGGGAUAAGAAGAAAGACGACAUCCAUGCCUCUCCCGAUGAGUCAAGUGUAGAUUCCCCAACCAGCCCCGUUGGCUAUCGUCAUCUGCCACUAAGUACACCGUAUGCGAAAUCGUCACUGAACGCAAGCGACGCUUCUCUCAACGAAAGACCUCCGUCUAGGCGAUCGGCCGCUGAUGAAGGCCACGGACGCAAACGUAGUGACCAAAGAAAGUUUGCUUUUGUAACACCCGAUGGCUGGAACUACCGACUUGUUGAGAUUACCAGUGCGGAAUCAGCUUCUUCUUUACGAGAGCUGAUUUGCGACGGUCUUGGUCUGGCCAAUGUACCCGGCGUUAGUCUGCACUUGACCAUCCCUGGAAAGUCCAAACAAGAGCACGAUAAUGAACCAGCUUUGAAUGAUAAGCAGCUACUGAAAGCCACGAGCCAGUGGGGAAACCCUUAUGCUGAGCUUCGAAUAUUUGUUACUCCACCACCAUCGAUGCCUCCUUCAGCCGGACUGGGAGUUUCCUUCGGUACAGGCACUUUCCCAGCAUCUCGCAAGCCAAUCGACGAGGCUACGUAUGCUAGAUUAAAUGCAGACUCACAAGUAGAGUCUCCGGUGACUCGAUCAGGGGAAUCAACGCUGGUACCAGACAAGGGCUCUACACUUCGCAGUCUAGGCAAGAAAGACAAAGAAGAAAUUACUCCAGAGGCCGUCACUCAGCGGCCGAACAAGAGUGACCGGAAUUGGGAGACAUCUGACGAUCUGUCUGAGUCUGAGCGAAGGGAAAUGCUGGAAGCUGCUGCUGAGGAACAUCGCCGUGAGACAAGGCGCAAACAGGAGGCAUACCAAAAGCAAGUGCAUCAAAGACAACAGCUCAAUAAACACUCUCCCGAUGCCAACGGCAAUUACGGAAUCAAGAGAGACGGUGUUAUUGACUUUGACGAUCGUCGCGAUUCGCCGUACGAAGACAAGCAGAAGCCAUUCGAAGAACACCGAAAAAGCAAGCCUCUUGUGCCGCUACGCGAACCGCCUCCAAAACCACCAGUGGAUAGCAGCACCUUGAUAAAGGCAAAUUCCUUGACAAAGAAUAAACGCGACCGACAAUCCUGGCCUGACUCAGACGAGGCGUCGGCAAAGCGAAGGUCGGGAGAGCGGCCAUCUGGAGAAAGAGAGCGAACUUCGACGGAAGGAGAGCACGCGCGACGAAAGGCCAUACCUCAAGGACCUUCCGGAUUGUCCAGUAUCGCGCAAGCUAUCGUCGGGGCCGGGAAGAUGGGUGGAUAUAUUGGUGCAGCAAAUGCCGCCUCUCCGCCGAAACAACCUCCAGCGCCUCUCGCCCGAGAUUUCGCGGCGGAAAACACUCGACCUUCUACCAGAGUGCUGCAACAGAACGGAUUUGGCUCAGCAGAAACAGGAAGAUACAGUCCAGAUGUGCCUGGAGACCUUGUUCUUCCAAGGCCGAACCUUACUAUCCAAACGCCUGCAAAUCCGGCCAUCAGCAAGCUGCGCGAGGAGAACAUUCCGCGACAGAAGACGCCAGACAUCAGCCCAUCCACCCGAAAUGCGCCACCGUCACAGCUUUCUCGCGAGCCUUCAAGGGCUUCAGUAUGGGGCCCAACGGUGGACUUCACGGAGUCCCAUGUUGCUUUUAACAAGUCACCAAUGCUUGCGCCAGCCGACUCCGAAGAUGAUGAUUCUGACGAGGGUCUAUUUGCCAAACCGCUAGCUAAGGUGGAAGAUAGCCCACCACCCAAGGGCAAGGCUCCUAUGAUUGAGGGCAGCCCUAGGGGUCAGAGGCCGUCGUUGACCUUGAAGACGUCGCGAUCAAAGGUUGCUUUCGAAUCGCCAGAAAAAUCUGCCGUUGAACAAAGCGCUGCAACAGAAGCGAACGAGAGCGACGCCAAAGCCUCGCAACGCAGCAACAGCAACAGCAUCCCUGAAUCAGCGGCAUCUGCUACCUGGUCAGCGGAAUCACCAGACGAGAAUAACAAGUUCGGUCGUCGCGAGUCUUUUGCUAGCGAUGUCUGGGCCAAUCGUCCACCUCCUGAAGCACUUGCAGAGCAUCUCGACGAGUUCUUCCCCAACAUCAACCUCGACCAGCCGAUGCUAGAGGAAGGUGGCUCACCUCCGAGCUCUCCGGGCACUGGUCCUUCUAGCAGCGACUUCUCUAACAGACCAAGCCGUUCCGUCACGCCAAUGUCUUCAUUUGACGAAGGCGACACAAUGGGCCCAAGCAAUCCGAUCGGCCUGAAGCGUGGCGAAGUUGGCCUCCAGUCCAUCGCUCAACGCAAUCUGCGCAAAUCAGGCGGCCUCGACCGCCACAAGUCUAUCCGUGAAGUCGUCAAAUCCCAAUACCAGCCUCUGGAAAAACGAUCCAUCCCCGGUCCAGCCCGUGUCAGCACCCUCCGAGGCGGCGGCGACAUCAUUCGCCGUAAGAGCACGAAGAUGUUCCACGCCAAAAUCGAGCAAGUCAAACCGCCUCGUGGCUCGCGUCUCAUUCAGCUCGAUCCGAUCCCACAAGACCACCUCCCCGUUCCCCAGCGCCAGCCCACGUUCAAAUGGAUGAAGGGUCAACUCAUUGGCAAAGGCACUUUCGGCCGCGUCUACCUUGGUAUGAACAUCACAACUGGUGAGCUCAUCGCCGUCAAGCAAGUCGAAGUCAACCCCAAAAUCGCCGGGCAAGACAAAGUGAAAAUGAAAGAGCUCGUCAAAUCCCUCGACCUGGAAAUCGACACCAUGCAGCAUCUCGACCACCCCAACAUUGUGCAGUACCUCGGUUGUGAGCGCAAGGAGUACUCCAUCUCCAUCUUCCUCGAGUACAUCCCCGGUGGUAGUGUCGGGAGUUGCUUGCGCAAACACGGCAAGUUCGAGGAGAGCGUUGUUAGCAGCCUGACCCGCCAGACACUCUGCGGGCUUAGCUACCUCCAUCGCGAAGGUAUCUUGCAUCGUGAUCUCAAAGCUGAUAACAUCCUCCUGGAUCUCGACGGCACGUGCAAGAUCUCUGAUUUCGGUAUCUCUAAGAAGACGGAUAAUAUCUACGGCAACGACAUCACGAACAGCAUGCAAGGCUCCGUCUUCUGGAUGGCGCCCGAGGUCAUCCGCUCCCAAGGCCAAGGUUACUCAGCCAAAGUCGACAUCUGGUCACUGGGUUGCGUGGUACUGGAGAUGUUUGCGGGACGUAGGCCGUGGAGCAAAGAGGAGGCUAUCGGUGCGAUCUAUAAGCUGGGGAGCUUGAACCAGGCGCCCCCGAUUCCAGAUGACGUGUCUGGGCAAAUUACACCGCAGGCGCUCAGUUUCAUGUAUGACUGCUUUACGAUUGAUCCCAUCGAUCGUCCGACUGCAGAGACGCUUCUCAGGGCGCCCUUCUGCUUCUCGGAUCCGCAUUACAACUUCCUAGAUACGGAAUUGUUCGCGAAGAUUCAGCCGUCGAUGGCCCCCAGACCCUGAAAGCAGAUUGGUAUUAUUUAGCCUCUCGCUUAGGUUAACCAAGGACAUGACCGAUAAGAGAUGGAGGCCGCGAGUAUUGAGACGGAAUGACGGGCCAAGAGACUGCAUCAUGCAAGCUCUUGUACCGACGGUACGCCGCAUACGUAUGGAGCUGCGGUGUGGUGUAGAGUGGAGUGGAGUGUUGAUACCCGAACUAUUGUCUUCUAUUCUUGGUGUUUGAUCUUCGAUCUGCGC